CAGCGAGAGAGGAGAAAGAAGAAUAACAAAGAUGGCGACGGGAACGCAAGGCGAAGACAGCGCUUCGGAGGACCGAAUGGAAACCGAGUCAGAGCCCUCAGCCGGCGGCGAGAGGGGGAACAACGACCCCGGGCCAGCCACCUCGUCGAACGGCAGCGGCGGCGAGGAGGAGGACGGGGAGCCGAGAGAGAGAAGAGGCUGCGACGUGACGGUGGUGUCUCGUCACCCGCUCCAAAGUAGCGGGGAGAUGGGCGGCGAGAGUCGGGGAUGCGCCGCGGCCUUGGGCAUUGUCGUGCAGCAGCAGGGCGGGCUCGGGGAGCGCAGCAGCGGCGGUCGAGAGCAGGAGGUGUCGGUGGAAAUCGGAGAGACUUACCUUUGCAAGCGGGCGGACAACACCUGGCACUCUGCUGAGCUGAUCCAGUCCAGAUUGAAUGAACAGGAAGGGAGAGAGGAGUUCUACGUACACUAUGUUGGCUUUAACAGGCGCCUGGAUGAAUGGGUUGACAAGAACAGACUGGCUCUCACGAAGACACUGAAGGAUGCGGUACAGAAAAACACAGACCAGUACAUGAGUGAGCUGUCCGAGCAGCCGGAGAGAAAAAUCACACGCAACCAGAAACGCAAACACGACGAGAUCAACCAUGUGCAGAAGACGUACGCAGAGAUGGAUCCGACAACAGCAGCACUGGAGAAAGAACACGAAGCGAUCACCAAGGUGAAGUACGUCGACAAGAUUCAGAUUGGGAACUUCGAGAUCGACGCCUGGUACUUCUCUCCUUUCCCCGAAGACUACGGCAAGCAGCCCAAGCUGUGGAUCUGCGAGUACUGCCUCAAAUACAUGAAGUACGAGAAGACCUUCAGAUUCCAUCUGAGUCGGUGCCAGUGGAGACAGCCUCCUGGCAAGGAGAUUUACAGGAAAAGCAACAUCUCUGUGUACGAAGUGGACGGGAGGGAUCACAAGAUCUAUUGUCAGAACCUGUGUCUGCUGGCCAAGCUGUUUCUGGAUCACAAGACUUUGUACUUUGAUGUCGAACCUUUCGUCUUCUACAUCUUGACAGAAGUGGACCGGCAAGGCGCUCAUAUCGUCGGGUACUUCUCCAAGGAAAAAGAAUCUCCAGAUAGUAACAACGUCGCCUGCAUUCUCACCCUGCCCCCCUACCAGAGGCGAGGUUAUGGAAAAUUCCUCAUUGCUUUCAGCUAUGAGCUGUCGAAGCUGGAGAGCGCAGUGGGGUCCCCCGAGAAGCCCCUGUCUGAUCUGGGCAAGCUCAGCUACCGCAGCUACUGGUCCUGGGUGCUGCUGGAGAUCCUGCGAGAUUUCCGGGGAACGCUGUCCAUCCGGGACCUCAGUCAGAUGACCAGUAUCACUCAGAAUGACAUCAUCAGCACUCUACAGUCUCUGAACAUGGUGAAGUAUUGGAAGGGGCAGCAUGUGAUCUGUGUGACCCCCAAACUAGUGGAAGAACAUCUGAAGAGCGCUCAGUACAAGAAGCCCCCCAUCACAGUGGAUUCAAUCUGCCUGAAAUGGGCUCCACCAAAACACAAACAAGCAAAAUUCUCCAAGAAAUAAAACGAGCAAGAAACGAAUAAAUACAAUCCAACGGAUGAGUGAAGACUUUCUUUUGCAUUCUGAACAGAGUGGAGGAAGACAUCCCAGGACAGUAGAGGUCACUAGAGGGCACUGUGAGGCCACAGGAGAGAGAGAGAGAGAGAGAGAGAGAUUUGGGUUACUGUAGCACAGACUCUGUCUCUUGCACGCUAGCAGAGCUGCGCAAACCAUUUAUCCAGACAGAAAUCAAGUUCUGACGAUCAGACAAGGGCGGCUGGAGUCGAUCGGGCUGAUUUCACACGUUCGGAGUGAAUUCAGAAACAGCUGCUCGGGUUUGUGACGAUCGCUGCUUUUUCUUCAGACUCUGCGGAGAACAGCGACCCACACAAACCCAAGCAGCUGUUUCUUAGUCCUCUCUGAACGGGUGAAAUCGGCCCGAUCGACACCAGCCGCCCUCGUCUGAUUAUCAGCACCUGAUUUCUGCGGAGAGAUCCGUCCGGACGGUCCAGGAACCGGUUCGCGUGGCUGGUGGACAUCCUACAUCAUAAACGUCUUAUGGAACUGGCCGUUGUUCUCCAGUGACGUUUUCCAAAGUGGUUGCUCGUGUCCCAGUUGCUGUGGGCAAAGCCAUCGAUGACAGACACCAAGAAGUUAAACUAGCUACAUUGCAACUUUUUUUCUGGUGUCUCUUUACAAGGUUACGAUUAAUUAAAAGCAAAAAUACAUUAACAAAUACAAUUAUAUUUCACGCGAGGCAGUUCUGUGCAAGCGGGAUGCUGUUGGCCUUGUGCAGGAUCGUUGUAUUCAUUAGCCAGCUGUGUCUAGAAUGCUUUUUGCCUUUAGUGGUUUUCGCGUUCUUGUUACUAGAUAAUGGCAGGAAACCUGUACAUAUUUGUGUUUUUUUUUCAACUGUUCUUUUUACAUUGCUUGUGUGUGUGGUGUUUUUUUCUUCUUUUUUUCAAUUAAAAUGUAAGCUUUUGA